CACACAAGUUGGAAGAGACGGAACAUUUAAUGAAGGAACUAUCAGUUCUAUCCGGUGAACGUUUUCUCUGACGGACCAGAAAAUAAUAUAUUUGUAAACAGAAUCAGUGAAACCUCACAUUGUGCCCUUUUGAUGGCAUCAUCAUUAUCCAAUGUGGAGGAGGAGCAUUCUUCUUUGUUACACACAUCCUCAUGUGGAUUCAUGUGAGAGCUGACUCACACACACAGAGAGAGAGCCAUCAGCCUGUGUAAGAAAAGCAGUGCCACCCCAAAACUCUGUCAUAAACUCAAUAAGAGUGUCCGCCUCUAGCUAGUGGAUUAAUAGAGCUGUGUUAACGAGGAAUUGUUUUCCUGGAAGAAGCCUACUGCCCUCGAGGAACACGGCUUCCCUCUGGGGCUCAGACUGCAGAUGCUUCAGCUGCGAGGUCCAGAGCCGCUUGGAUCGUCCCCUGCCCAGAGAACCACCCAGCCCCAUAGAGAACCACCCAGCCCCAUAGAGAACCACCCAGCCCCAUAGAGAACCACCACCCCGCCUGCCCUAACAGCCUCCACACGGGGCCAAGCCGAGGAGCACCAUGGAGGAGGUGGAGGACAUUAGCCCUGCCCUGGAGGCCACCGAGGACUUUCUACACUGCCUGGACGGAGGUAGAGGCCAGGGAGGGGAGGGGGUCCGGCAGCCCAGGCAGCACCACCCCAAGCUGCAGGAGAUGUCUGUAGCCCUGGGGAAGCUGAGCUCUAGCGGGGUGUGGGGCCUGCUGGCUGGGGAGCAGGGGACCGAGGUGUCCCCGCGUAACGUGGCCUGGGCUGACCAGCCCUCAGCCUUCAGCGUGCUGGCUCUGAGGCAGGGGAAAAGGAGCCGUGCUCGUUCCAGUAAUGACCUGGCCGCCCACACCAAAGACACCAACAACACCUCCUCUAACGCCGCCUUUAAGAAAGGCCACAACCGCUCGCGGUCUGAUGUUAAUUACCGGCCGUCCUACAUGGACAACGCUAACGGCCUGCCUGCUGUGGACAAGAACACGCUGAAGAACAUGGCUCUCAACGACCAGAGAGAAGAAGGCCGUAAGGGCAGCAGCAGCAGCGGCAGUGUGGUGAAACAGGGUACCCUGGAGCAUCGUGAGGGUCAGAAGGGUCGUUGGAGCGUCUGUCACGUAGAGCUUACCCCAUGUGAGCUGCGCGUCUACAGCCUGGACAGCAGCGGUAACCGGCAGCUCUGCACUGCCUACUCCCUGUCCCACUGCCAGGGGGUCAGCCAGCCCCAGCCGCCCCAGGACGGGCGAGUCCUCCAGGCCCUCUUCUUCAACAGCUCCACCUGCCUGCAGUUACGUGCCGCCUGCCAGUGGGAGGUGCUAGACUGGAGGAGGCUGAUCUGGGAGAGAGUACUGGCUGCCCAGCCCGCCCACAAAAAUGCAGAGUGUCUUCCAGCCUUAUCCCCGUCGUCAUCCGUUACCUCUGGAGGUCUCGACACCAGACCAGAUCCCCGUGGUCCUGCUGAGGCUGCCCUGGCACCUGGUUGCUCCCAUCUCCUCCCAGCCCGGCCCACGGCCCUGCCCCUGUUCACCCAGUGCUGUACGGAUGUCCUCAAGGCUGGGCUCCUCCACCAGCUGACUGACCAGAACAACUGGAGGGCUUUCACCUUCGUACUGAGUCGCUCCACGCUGCAGGCCUUUCCCACCGAGGGCCGGGGGCCCGUGUCCGAGCCCGUCCUCCACUACCCGCUGGCCUCCUGCCUGGCCGUGCAGAGGGACGAGGCCAAGGGAGUGAGCGCUGGCUGCUUCCAAGGCGUCUUCCCCAGCGAGGUGCUCUGUCUGCGGGCUGAGAGCCAACUCAAGGCCCAGGACUGGGUGGAGGCCCUGCGGACGGCCGUGGCAGCCCAGAGGCCCCAGGGUGAGGAGGGACAGGGUUCCGGCCAGGCCCAGCUGGGUGCAGUGUCGACGGGGAUACUGCUGAGGAGCAAGCCCUCCAGGGAGAGGAGGCAGAGGGACUCCCAGAGGGCCAAGAGACAGUCAGUCACAACCAGCUUCCUCAGUAUUCUCACCUGCCUGGCUGUGGAGAAGGGCCUGACCACCCAGAGCUUCCGGUGUGCAGGGUGUCAGAAGCCAGUAGGGUUGUCGCGGGGCAAGGCCAAGGUGUGUUGCUACAGUGGCUGGUACUACUGCCAGAGCUGUCACCAAGACAACCUGUUCCUCAUCCCUGCCCGCCUGCUGCACAACUGGGACACCAACAGACACAAGGUGUCCAAGCAGGCCAAGGAGUUCCUGGAGUUUGUUUAUGAGGAGCCCCUGCUGGAUGUGCAUCAGUUGAACCCGUGUCUGUAUGAACACUGUGAAGGUCUGGCUGCAGUCCUACGCCUGAGACAGCAGCUCCAGUCACUCAGAGCAUACCUGUUCAGCUGCCGCGCUGCCGUGGCCGAGGACCUCCGGAGAAGGAUCUUCCCCAGAGAAUACCUACUGCAACAUAUCCACCUGUACUCACUGGCUGACCUGCAACAGGUGAUAGAUGGGAAACUUGCUCCCUUCCUCUCCAAGGUAAUUAAGUUUGCCAGUUCCCACGUCUACAGCUGCAGCCAGUGCAGAGAGAAGGGCUUCAUCUGUGAGAUGUGUCAGAAUGGACAGGUCAUCUACCCCUUCCAGGAGAGUGCUACUAAGAGAUGUGAUGUCUGCGGAGCGGUGUUCCAUACAGAGUGUCGUCAGAAGGCCCAGCCAUGUCCACGCUGCGUCCGCAGGGAGCUCCACCACACGAGACCCUCGUCCUUCUGGAGCCCUAACGACGAUACACCAGGCUGCUUCACAAUGCCCUACCAGGACACCUGAUCACACACAAUAUACUUCCGGAGACACACACACAGAGAGAAACAGCGGACCCACUCCACAGAGCUGCUCUUACCAAAGUGUGUGUGUGUGUGUGUGUGUGUGUGUGUGUGUGUGUGUGUGUGUGUGUGUGUGUGUGUGUGUGUGUGUGUGUGUGUGUGUGAGAGAGAGAGAGAGAGAGAGAGUCGGCCAGGAUACACAGUAACAGAAGUGUCGAUGACUAAUCAAGUAUCAUGCUCUCUGACACACCUGCUUUUUGAUGUGACAUCACUCUCACCUGGGAGAGAUUAACACUAACUGGAAAGGAACUACUCUGCAUUUGAGCCUCUGCUUCCUGCAUGAAAAACACUCUUUUCACGCCACUUUAAGCAGCUAUGACCGGAAGCAGGGGUUCUGAACAGAACCAUUUGUUUUAUCGUUCCAUUCAACUGUUCUGAUCUGCAAAAUAAAGUUCCAAAAAGUACUG